AUGUUGGAGUCUAUAUAUGAUAGUAAUGACGAUCAUUCCAAAAAGAAAGAAUUAAGAAAAGAGAACAAGAAUCAUGCACGAACUCCUAAUAUUGGCAGUCAUCAGAAGUAUUCAUUGGAUGAACUAGACGACUAUUUACAUGUUGAUCGAGAUAGAAAAAAGGUGGAAACAAUACAACAGAAUAUAAAAGAUGAACAGCAUACGUUCCAGCACAUAGAGAAUGAUGAUAUAUUUAAAAAGGGGCUUCAGAUAGCGCCUACUGAUGCAAGAGAUGAUGAUGAUAUAGAAAUGAUAUUAGAUAAUGUAGAAAAUAGUUUUCAACCAACUUUUCGUAGUGCAAUUCCCAUAGAUAAUUCUAACCAAGAAUUCAUUUCAACUGGGAGUCCUCAACCACAUGUACCAACUUGUUUUGUGAUAGAUACGAAUUUUAUAAUAUCGCACCUUGAUAUUCUAGAAACUUUACGAUCGUUAUUCACGCAAUAUCAUCAUACAAUUAUCAUACCAAGAUACACAAUUCGAGAGUUAGACGGGUUAAAAACAUCAGACAGGGUAAUUGAUAACUGCCAGAAUGAUAAUAAUCACAAUAGAUAUAGGAAUGUCGGUGAAGCUGCCAGAGCUGCAAAUAGAUGGAUAUACGGCCAUUUAGCAAAUACUGCGAGCGGUGUCAUCGGUCAAAAGUUGUCUCAACGAAUAAAUAUCAAUGCAAUUAAGGACGAUUCAAUACUAGAUUGUUGCCUAUACUUUAAGGAACGUCAGCAUUGUUUCGUGAUAUUAUUGUCGAAUGAUAAAAAUCUUUGCCUUAAGGCAUUAACCGAAGAAGUCCUUACGGUAUCAUACAGAAAGGGGACGACGGGUGAACUUAUUGCAAAAAUUGCAUAUGAGGAGAGUAAGUAUAGGUUUGGUUCAAUGACAGAACAGUUAAAUCCUUCAUUAUCAGACAUUUCAACCGAAUGUGUUCCUGUUGUUUCACAUACAGAACUAACUGAACUACCGUUCACUGAAACUUCUGCGUAUAUCUUUGAAGAAGUCAGGACCAUGGUGAUAGAAUCAACAAAAUAUGUAAUGUUAGACGAAUAUGGUGAUACUCUCGAGUUUUUGGAUUAUGAUCCUAACAGUUUACGUAAUUUAGCUGAAGUCUCUAAAUGUAUGUACACAUAUUGGGUAUCUGUAUUUUCUGAGUAUUUUCGUGGAAGCAAUCUUACAAAAGAAAGUUGGAAGGACCUCCCUAUAGAUUUGACGAGUGUACCAAAACAAAAGGAUACUCUCCGUGUAUUUCAACAAUUCUGGAGUGAUAUUCUAGUGCACUUGUUUAUUAAAAGGGCAGUGGCAGAAUGUGAGAAAUUACAAAUGAUUACAGAAGGUUGGGAACGUGCCAUUUCAAAUACUAUUUGA